UCCUCACCUCAGAGCUGUGCGCGGGAAGCGGCUCUGGUACUGAUACUGGUACUGGUACAGGUAUAGGUACAGGUUCUGGUUCUGGUUCGAGUUCUGUCUCUGGCUUUCCGGAAGGUGGAUGUUCGCCAGCCCCAGAUUUUCUCCGAAGAGGAACAGCCCCUUGGAGCAGGAGGCAGAGGGGAAAAGAAUCAACGUGGUGCAGAGGAACAGAGCCUGGAACAGCAUAAGAACCAGCGGACACAUCCUCCCUGUUGUUGGGCAAGGCCGGGGAAAGACGAACAACGAAGACGGGAAAAAAAAAAAAGGAAAAAAAGCUGCAGUCUGCGGGAGGGUGAAAUCGCCAAUAUUUAUUCCCUUUUCCUAACCUUUCAUCACUUGAUAUUUCAUCUCCUAAAACUUGUUUCUUCCACACACUUCACCCUUUUCUUUUUUCUUUUCAGUUUGGGGCACACCUUUUGGUAAUUAAGCCACUAAGGGCAGACUUUGUUCAUUAAGUUGUGAAGAGCAAUCAGUCCUGCAUUGUUUCCCUCAUUUACCCAAUUAUUUGCCUCCUCCUGAAACCCUGUUCCCUAACUGGAUUCUCUUCCCUUAAAUACCCCGUUUGGCUCUUGAAUUGUCUGCUUUGCAAUUUGUGGUGCAGAGGAGCAGUGCCCAAUUUCCCCUCAAAAACAAAAUACCAAAAUAAUAAUAAUUACAUUUUAAUCCACACAGCCAGCGGGCGAGAGGAGGGAAAUCCUGGGACCUGCCUGUAACUUGGCACUCAAACUGCAGAAUUUAACUCUUUAAUUACAAACUGAAAUUGAGAUUACUUGGGAAAUGGAGCCUGGAGGUGUUUGUGGUGCCAGCAGGGGGGUUCAGGCAGUUGUGUUUCCCCCUUACAGGGAGGAGGAGUUUCAGCAGUGCCGGUUUGUGCGCCCCUUCUGGGAGCACCUCAAAAAACAUCAAUACAUCCCGACAGCAGACAUGUACAGCUGGGUUUACCAGCAGUAUAAGAAGGGAGAAUUUAAAGCCAUUGCACAAACCCUCAGGUCUUUGGACAGCUGUGCAACUCUUGAUAAACAGACCAAAAAACAGAUCAAAAAAUUCGGCCUCGAUUAUUUUAAUGCUCGUGUGUUUUUUCUCCUGGCUGCCAUCGUUUGGCAGGAGAAGGAGGAAUUGCAAAAAAAAUUAGAGAGCAGAGAGUGUGGCACGGCAGGGAAGCUUGGGGAUUUUAGAAGAUUUGUUGAGUCUUGUGAACAAGACUUUGAGGUGUGCUGUGGACCCAACCCGGUAACAGAAUGCUCGUCAUCUGAUUCAGAAUACACUACUGAUGAGGGAGAGGAGGCUCCCCCACAACCACCCUCUAAGAGAACUGUGCAUUUUGCUUCCAAAAAGGGGAAAUGCCAUCCCUCUGUUUUAAAAACUAAAAAGCAGCCACGAGCAGCAAGCAUGCAGCCAGCCCCUGCUAAUCAGCUAGAGGGAGAUGUAACAGAAUUAGCCAAUCUGGUCAACAUUUUCAUAGAAACUGGUGCUAAGAGAAUGAACAGCUUGGAGAAGAAGCUCCAGCAGCUUUCUGUGAUUGUGGAAGGUGCCUCUGGUCAGUCCUCCUCCCACAAUGAUACUUCUGAUAGCUCAGAGCAGGAUGAAGGAGAGAUAGAACACAAACGCCUGCCCCUGGUGAGAGUGGUUCAGCCUUCCUGUAAACGAGAGACAGGGCAGAGGCAGGCAGCACACAGACAGCUUGUGCAUUCUCCCUUGGAACUGUUGCAGUAGAAGCAGCAGUUCAGUAAAUGCCCUCUGAGACUGACACAGAGUAUGUGGUCAGGGUCUCACCUCAGGGGGAGCUGUGAAAAGGAAACCUUGGGACACUGGGGCCAGGAGCCAUGCUAAUUACUGGUGAUUACACGGCUUCCUGAUCCCUACACAACCAGCUGCUUUUAAUGCUGGGCUGACUGACCCCACAGGAAGAGGGGAGCCCCAUGCCUUGGGGGGCUGUGUCUCCCAGCAUCCACAAACAACAUCCCCAAAGCCACAACAUAGAAUCCUAGAAUUGGCUGGGUUGGAAGGGACCUCAGAGAUCAUCAAGUCCAACCCUUGAUCCAC